CUCGCCGGGCUACAGCGCGCGCAACAUCCCCCCCCAUGACAUCACCUUUCAGCCCAAACGCACACUACCGCCCGGCGAUUUCACGGAGGGGCGGGCCAUGGACAGCCGCCUGCAGGAGAUCCGGGAGCGGCAGAAGCUUCGCCGGCAGCUCCUCGCGCAGCAGUUGGGAGCAGAAAGUGCGGAUAGCAUCGGGGCAGUGUUAAACAGCAAAGAUGAACAGCGAGAAAUUGCUGAAACCAGAGAGACCUGCAGGGCUUCUUAUGAUACUUCAGCCCCAAAUUCAAAGCGCAAGUAUCUGGAUGAAGGAGAAGCAGAUGAAGAAGAAAUGGAAGAAUAUAAGGAUGAAGUAGAAAUGCAGCAAGAUGAAGAGAACCUGCCCUACGAAGAAGAAAUUUACAAAGAUUCAAGUACAUUCCUUAAGGGAACCCAAAGCCUAAAUCCCCACAACGAUUACUGCCAACACUUCGUAGACACAGGACACAGGCCCCAGAAUUUUAUCAGAGAUGUAGGUUUAGCAGACAGAUUUGAAGAAUAUCCUAAACUCCGGGAGCUUAUUAGGCUGAAGGACGAGCUGAUUUCUAAGUCAAACACUCCUCCCAUGUAUUUACAAGCAGAUUUAGAGGCCUUUGACAUCAGAGAACUAAAGUCCAAAUUCGAUGUGAUCCUUCUGGAACCCCCUUUAGAAGAAUACUACAGGGAGACGGGAAUCACUGCAAACGAAAAAUGCUGGACCUGGGAUGAUAUUAUGAAGUUAGAAAUCGAGGAGAUUGCAGCCCCAAGGUCCUUUGUGUUUCUGUGGUGUGGCUCUGGAGAGGGCUUGGAUCUUGGCAGAGUGUGUUUACGCAAGUGGGGAUACAGAAGAUGUGAAGAUAUUUGCUGGAUUAAAACCAAUAAAAACAAUCCAGGGAAGACAAAAACUUUGGAUCCAAAGGCUGUUUUCCAAAGAACAAAGGAGCACUGUCUUAUGGGAAUCAAGGGAACUGUCAGACGCAGCACAGAUGGUGACUUUAUCCACGCUAACGUUGACAUUGACUUAAUCAUCACAGAAGAGCCUGAAAUUGGGAAUAUAGAAAAACCUGUAGAAAUUUUUCACAUCAUUGAACAUUUCUGCCUUGGAAGGAGACGCCUUCACCUCUUUGGAAGAGACAGUACAAUCCGACCAGGUUGGCUCACUGUGGGUCCGACGCUCACCAACAGCAACUUUAACGCAGAAACGUAUGCAUCCUACUUCAGCGUCCCCAAUUCCCACCUGACCGGCUGCACGGAAGAGAUCGAGAGGCUCCGGCCAAAAUCGCCCCCACCAAAAUCUAAAUCGGAUCGAGGUGGCGGAGCUCCCAGAGGAGGCGGGAGAGGAGGGACUUCGGCUGGCCGCGGAGAGAGGGGUCGGGAGAGGAACCGCUCAAAUUUCCGAGGAGAUAGGGGAGGAUUCAGAGGAGGAAGAGGAGGAGCCCAUAGAGGCGGUUUCCCACCUCGUUAACUGCAUCUCAGACACUGACCAUCCGGAUGAUGCUCUUCGGCCAUUUUCAUUUCCUCAUCCUCUGGGUGACUCUUUCCCCGCCGAUAAUCCGUGCGGCUGGCAAAGCCGCCAGGCUCACUCCCACGCCCAGAACACUUGGCAGAUUCGGUCUUCUCCUAGUAGCGUCGAAUGGGUCACCCGCCGCGUGGCAUCGGCUGGUUGAGAGGCUAGGCCGAACAGAUUUUGGGAGGACCUCGGUCCUCUAUUGGGUCUGUGGUGAUGGAAUGGACUUCUGGGUGGGUUUCAGCUAAAGCAAAGCCACCUGCCUUUCCACUGAAUUGAGUGCCCCUCCUUUCCCAUAGUGCUGGUGCCACCACAAAGAGUUUAGGAGACCCAGGUCCUGGUUGUCAUUGUCAAAACAGAGUAGGGUCCCGCUGUCUUUGGUGUCGAUGGUGCGAAAUCAUGGGAGGUACAUUUAAGAGUUCUGCCUUGGUCACAACCAACCUGAACAGGAAAUGGCCAAGCUCACUUUCUUGGGAGAGAUUUUUGUUGUUGUUUUGGGUGUUUAACAGCUCAGAGGUGGAUCAAACUCAUCAGAAAUGUCAAAACAAUGCUAAUUGUGGGUUUAGCGUCUCUUGUUCUUAAAGGUCAGUUGCCAUAUUUACUAGAAUCUUGGUAGAGAAUUCAGCUUGGAUGAGGUUUUGGAGCGUGGCCAGACUUCCUUAUGAUUUGUCUGCAGGGUCAGUGUUGGCUAUUAAGGACUUCGGGGGAAGCUGAGAGAGUGCCCUUUGCCAUAACAGGGAAGUACCUCUUUAAUCAUCCCUGGAAAUAUGGUGCUCAAGGCUAGGAAGAUUGAUCUAGGAGGAAUUUAAACAGGAGUGAUGCCAAAAAAAAAAUGGGAAGCCUUUCAGUUGUGAGCACAACUUGUAAAUAGAACUGCAGAUCAGCGUUAUGUCUCAAGGAAAACUGGAUAUGGGCCUGGGUGCAGACUUGCCCACUUCGUAUAAUGUGGUUCUUGUUUUAAAUGAGCAUUGUAUCUGGUGAAUGAGAAAGUAAUUUCAGUAUUGUUUUGAUAAAUACCUUCAUAAUGCCUUGAUGAGGUUUGUAUUUUAAUGAAAUGGGUUAUUCGUUGGUUUUAUUCACAUCUUUAAACACUUUUUAUAAAAAAGUCUUUUGAGUUCAAAGAAAA